UGGAACAUCAGAAGAAGCAUGAUUGGACCACUUACUGCCUUUGUCUUCCUGAGCACCUUGUGUCAGAGCGCAGAGGACCAAAUACCCGUGACUGUGGUCCAACCUGGAGACAGUGCCACAUUUCGGUGUGCUUCUGUAUUUUAUAAUAUUUACUGGUACAAACAAUCCCCAGGACGUAUGAUGGAGGUUAUUAAAAAUGAAUUUUUAAAACCUGUUGAUGAAUCAUUCGAGGACCAACGGUUUAAAUUCACCAAAGAGGAUCAUCAGUCUGUUUUUACAAUACAAAAUAUCAGAAAGGAGGAUGAAGCAAUCUACUACUGCAUAAUUAAUGUAUAUGGAGAGAUCUCUGUGAACGGCACCUUCUUGGUUGUUAAUGAUGGAGCAGACUCACAGAGCUGUGUUCAUGUGACACAGAGUCCAUCCUCAGCUUCAGUGGUCCCAGGACACUCAGUGUCUCUUCAGUGUUCACUUCAGCCCAAAAGCAACAAGAGCCCAAUCCAGUGUCCACAACAGCAGCAGGUGCACUGGUUCAGAGCUGGAUCUGUGGAGCCUCAAACUGGACUUGUGUCCCAAACUACAAACUCCAGCUGUGUCUACAGUCUGUCCAAAACUAUAGGACACUCGUCUGAGGCUGGGACAUAUUACUGCGCUGUGCACACAUGUGGACAUAUCCUGUUUGGGACAGGAACUACACUGGACAUAGAUGAACCCCUAGUGCUGCAACUGCAGCUGGUGAUUGUGGCUCUGUCAGGCCUUUUGGGUGUUUGUGUUCUCGUGAUCAUCGUCCUCUGUGUGACGAGAGGGAGGCUCUGUGCACACUGCAGAGAUUCUCCUGACAGUGUUACUAGUACACAGCAUGAGAUGUCAGAUAAUGUGGGCCCAAGUGCAGAUGUUAACUAUGCAGCGCUGAAUUUCUCCUCUAGAAAAAUGAAACAGAGCUACGACAUGUGUGUGUCCUCCUAUGUGAGAGCAGAGCAACAAUGA